CCCCAUCACUAACGGAUAUGUGUGUCUACCUAUGUUCCCAGUGUAUAACCACAGACUGCAGUGAUGAGAAUUUCUACGCAUAAACUGCAGCAGCUGACGAUCUUCACCACUGUUUUGACCGGUGGCGGAAUCUGUACCAUGUACUACCUGAUGCAGAAGAACUUUGCCAAAUCUGAAUACCAUCGCUUGGCUGUGGAACGCCUGGAGAACCACCCCGAGGCGAUGGAAGGACUAGGGGCGCCCCCUCUGAAGGUCCACAACAUCCACCUGUCGGACAAAGAUAACCGCAUCGACCAGAACAUCGCCAAGGUGAAGAUCCCUGUGACGGGAUCAAAAACUGGAGGAUAUCUGUAUACAAUUGCAUCCAAAGAUCCUGCUACAAAUGGAUGGCAGCUGAAGCUGGCCACGCUGCAGCUCAGGGAAGGACGGACUUUUGAUUUGUUAACCGGCCCGGAGCAGCCCUCUGUCCCCGUAGAGCACCAGGCAGAGACACGGGAGUACGACGUGGAUCUGGACCAGAGCAAAUGGUCUCGAUGACGCGCUGUGAAGCCCACGUCAUGCAGAGAAGUGUUGAUACAAUAAUUAUUAAACGUCAAAGCACAUGCUUAAUGACUGCUGACUGGAAUACCACCUCUAUUGCGUCUGUGGGGAAAGAGAGAUACUCGACGAUCAUCUUCUUCUUCUUCCACGACUCAGAGGAAGAGCAGGCACACGUUCAACCUAUGAACAAUUGGAUGGAUGUCCCCAUCUCAUCAUUAAUGAUUGCAUUUGACUUGUGACCCUGGGGGCAGUGUUUGAACUGAGUGGCCUUGUAAAAUAUAAAUUGAUGUAAAUCUAAAGGGACUAUAUUAAAUGUUUUUUAAUGCAA